AUGGCAAUACAAGUGUGGAUGUUUAUCGGGAUGUCGAAAAUCAUUAUGAAGUCGUUGGCCAAUAAGAAAACAAACGGUUGUUCGGAGAACAAGGACUGUAGUGCGUUAGGUGUGCUCAUCUCGCAUGUAACAAUAUCGCCAGUAAUAUUAGUUUUGGUCGCGUUCCGGUUGAAAAAAACAACCCGUUGCAUGAACAUGAUCGUAGUCCUGUUGCUUCGGUGUCGGUACUCGCGCAGGUUGCCCGUCGCCUCGUUUGCCGUACUGGUGUUAAUGAUCUCUAUGAUACUCAAAAUCGGAGUUUCCCUAAACUAUUCCAAACAAAUAUUCCCAAUAGUUUUUUAUGCUUUUUACGCAUCGUUUACGUGCCCCCUAUUAAUCGUGCACCUGGUUAGCAUUAUGUGUUUGGUAUCACAGAACUCCUACGAAGACAUUAACAGAGAAAUGGGAAUACUAUGCAGUUUGAUAUUAAAAUCUGAACGGGCGUUGCGUUUGACAUCGUUGAUGAACGAUCAUUGGUUUCUUGAAGACUUUAUUGAACAUAUAUCCAACACAUUCGGAGCUGAGUUAUUAUUUAUCAUGAUGGACAUUUAUAUUCAGUUAUUGUUGUGUUUCUUUAUACUUAUAUGGGAAAAUAUUGUUCAUAAAGUAAAUGUGGACAGUUUCAUGUAUGCUAAUGUAGGCAUACACAUAUGCAUUAUGGCGGGGAAUUUGAUUUACUUGUGUCAUAGAUGCAAUGCUACUGUCAAAGAGAGUCGAAGGAUAAUUUUUGAAAUGCACCGCUUAAGAUGUGUAUUGUACGACGAUCCAAUUGGUCAAGCUAUUCUAAAAGUGUUCACACUUCGAGUCAAUAGCCGGGAAGUUCAUAUUGCAGUAUUGAAGUUAUUCAAUAUAAAUCUACCUCUACUAUGUGGUUCGGCAAGCCUUAUGUUCACGUAUUUUUUAGUGCUUGUUCAAUUUCAAAUAGAUGGUUACAAACACUCAUCAAGAGAACUGAAUAUAACUAAAAUGGAUAAAUGUGAAAAAUGGCCAUGUAUUAGCAAAGGUCAAUAA